AUGUCGAAGUCAUCAUCAGACGUUGUGUGUUUUGGGGAGAUGUUAAUUGAUUUCGUACCAGAUGUUGCUGGUGUCUCACUAGCUGAAUCACCUGGUUUUCUCAAGGCUCCAGGUGGUGCUCCUGCCAACGUCGCUUGUGCUAUUACAAAACUUGGUGGUUCUUCUGCUUUCAUCGGUAAGUUUGGAGACGACGAAUUUGGACAUAUGUUGGUUGAUGUUUUGAAAACGAAUGGAGUGAACACCGAAGGUGUAUGCUUUGACAAAGAUGCAAGAACUGCUCUUGCUUUCGUUACGCUGAAAAAAGAUGGUGAAAGGGAGUUUAUGUUUUAUAGAAACCCUAGUGCAGACAUGAUGCUGAGAGAAUCAGACCUAAACAUGGAUUUGAUCAAACAAGCUAAAAUCUUUCAUUACGGUUCCAUUAGCUUGAUAACCGAACCUUGUCGUUCAGCACACAUGGCUGCCAUGAAAGCAGCCAGAGAAGCUGGUGCGCUACUUUCUUAUGAUCCUAAUGUAAGGUUGCCUCUCUGGCCUUCUACUGAAGCUUGUCGCGAAGGUAUAUUGAGUAUCUGGACUAGUGCAGACGUUAUUAAAGUUAGCGACGACGAGGUUGAAUUCUUAACCCAAGGGGAUCCAUAUGAUGAGAAGAAUGUUUUGUCACUUUGGUUCGAUGGUUUGAAGUUGCUCUUGGUAACUGAUGGGGAGAAGGGUUGCAGAUACUUCACCAAAAACUUCAAAGGAGCUGUGAAAGGAUACUCAGUGAAGACGGUGGAUACUACGGGAGCUGGUGAUGCUUUUAUUGGUUCAUUCCUUACUGCUGCUGCCGAAGAUUAUCUAAUUGUGUUGAACAGUGAAUACAGACUCAGAGAAGCUCUUAGAAUGGCCAAUGCUUGCGGGGCUAUAUGUACCACUAAGAAAGGAGCCAUUCCAGGACUCCCCGACAAGGCUGCUGGGCAGAAGCUCAUGUUUGAUACUUCCCUGCGUAAUAUUGCGUCUGAUUUUGCUCGAGCUUUUUAA